AUGAUUUGUGUAGAGAAGAGUGAGGAUGAGCACAUCCAGAUGGAGGCAGAGGAGGAGAGGGAGCUUCAAGGAGUUGAUGUCAGGAAGCUGGAGGCUGGUAGAAGAAGGAGAGGUGCCUGGGGGAGGAAACACGCUGCCACAGUGGAGGCUAAUGCAUAUAGAAUAGCAGGGUUAGGGCGACCCCUGAUGGGCUGGAGGAAGCGAGGGAGAGGAGAGUUGAACAGCAGUCUGAUGGCUAUACUUAAGGAGCUUCAUGCUCAAAAGCGGCGGCUGAUGGAUAGAAGGAAAGCACAAGAUGAUGAUGACGAUGAUGACGACGAUGAUGAUGACACUGAUGAUGAAGAAGAGGAGGAGGAGGAAGAGGAAGAGGAAGAAGAGGAGGAGGAAGAGGAAGAAGAGGAAGAAGAAGAAGAAGAAGAAGAAGAAGAAGAAGAAGAAGAAGAGGCAACUGAGGCUCCCAGCAAUCAAACAGAAACCCUCUCCAGCUCUACAGAGUCUCCUCUCAGCGAGUGUCAGACUGCUGACAGAGAGAUCAGCUGCAGGGGCCUCGGCAUGACUCGCCUGCCGAUCAUCCACAACCUGCUGGCCACAAAUCUGGACAUGGCAGAAAACAACAUCAGAGUCAUCACCCCACAAGAUUUCUCUGGUGUGCCGAACCUGGACACGCUGGACCUGAGCAAAAACCAACUGGAUGAUGAGUCGUUCAGCCAAAACCCCCUGUCUAACUUGACCUCUCUGAAGAAGCUGAACCUAGAUGGCAACAUGCUCACCAGGAUCCCGGCCCUGCCGCCAUCUUUGGAGGAGCUCAAAAUGAACAACAACAAGCUCAGUGCACUUACCCCUAGCUGUUUCAAUGGUUUGAGUAACCUGUUGAAGCUGGAGCUGGAGGAGAAUAUCCUCCAUGAGGGCAGUGUGUCACCGAAAGCUUUCAAGCCACUAGAGAGACUAGUGGACCUCCAGCUGAACAACAACCGAUUCCGCUUCCUCCCUCUGGGCCUUCCUUCAUCGCUUCAGGAGCUGGAGAUGAGUAAAAAUCUUCUUGAGGAGGUGACAGAGGAGGCACUAAGGGGCUGCAUCCAUUUGAGAGUGCUGGACCUGAGUCACAACCUAUUGCACGAGCAAAGCAUCGCUACCAACACCUGGAACCAUCUCAAAACCCUGGAGGCACUGGACCUGUCCCACAACAGGUUCACCUCUGUCCCAAUGAACCUGCCUCGCCAUCUCCACAAACUGAGCCUCCAACACAACAACAUCGGUCGCAUCGCCACCUUCACGUUCCGUCACAUGCGGUCCAGCCUGCAGUCCCUCCGUCUGUCCCACAAUGCCUUGAGCAAUGAGGGUAUAGAACGAGUCUCUUUUGUCGGAUUGUACCGCUCGCUGACAGAGCUCCUAUUAGACAACAAUCGUCUGGAGGAGGUCCCUCGCUGCGUUCGACAGUUUAAGAAUCUGCAGGUGCUGAGACUGGACAACAACUGGAUCAGGCUGGUGAGAGAGUGGGGAGUGUGCCACCCUCGUAACUCUGGCUCCACCUUGGCUUCGAUCCACUUGGAAAAUAAUCUGCUGGAGGUGGAGAGGAUUCCCCCUAACGCCUUCUCCUGUCUCACUGAUGCUCAGGGACUGGUCCUCUAUCCACAACAGGGGCAUUCAUAAGACCAAUAGACCACACUGUGGGACGGACAUACAUGGAAACAUACAUCAACCAGAUCUAACUCUCAACUCA